UUCGUUACUUCAACCAAUGGACCAAGGCAUUAUCUACAACAUGAAACAACAUUACAGAAAACGAAUUUUAACGAAUAUAUUGACUCAAGUGGAUGAGGGAAAUUCUGUUAUGGCCAUAGACUUGCUGCAAGCAGUUCGAAAUCUUAGCAAUGUAUGGAAUGUCUAUGUUAAACCAGAAACAAUUGCCAACUGUUUUAAAAAGGCUGGAUUUUCAAAAGAUGCCAUGCAGAUUACAUUUGAGCAUUGGGAUGAAGAGGACCUUCUUUCAAUAUCAGAUUUGGCUGCUUUACAGUCUUCAUUUAAAAAAGUAGCAAAUAUCGAAGCAUCGUUUGAUGACUACGUAAAUGUUGAUAAUGGUGUGCAGACUUGGGACAACCCAUCCGAAGAAGAUAUUCUCAGCAGCAUUUUUGAAAGUCGCGGAGUUCCAGCUGAACCUGAUAACGAUGAACACGAUUUGACCGUUGAAGAAUUGGCAGAAACUGAGGAGGCAUUACCUACGUUGAUACAAGCUGCUUCAUCCAUUAGCGUAAUUAGAACCUUUGUGGAAAUGAGGAGUGACGUGCCGAUUAAUGUUUUCAACUCUCUACAUGAUUUGGAAGCUUUUAUUGAAAAUGAAAAAUGGAAGAUUGUAAUUCAAACCAAACUCACUGAUUAUUUUAAAUAAAAUUACA